AUGGGCAGUAACAUUUCAUACCAGAAGAAGUCAGUGGUGCUUGACCUCGGCUCGAAAGGUUCUGUUCGAGGACUGCAAUACGACGAUAAGGCUUGCAGAUUCACCGGCAUACCGUACGCACAACCUCCAACGGGGGAACGGCGUUGGCGCAUACCAGUGCCGCUGCCGGAAUCGUACGUCUACGGUACAACAUCCGAGCUCUUUGAUGCGACUGACUUUGGAGCGGUAUGCCCUCAGAAAUCUUUCCAGCUCGCCGAGGCGGCCGGGAGAGGUGGUAGGUUCAGUGAGGACUGCCUCUUCGUCAACAUUUGGACGCCUGUGCCCAGUGAUGACGCCUCGCAGAAGAAGCCAUGGCCCGUAAUGCUGUGGAUGCAUGGCGGGUGGUUCCAGAUGGGUGACCCUUCGCACGAGCCGGUGAUGGACUCAGUAGAGCUUAUCUCAACCGGCAAGCUGAAUGAUGUUGUUGCGGCGAUUGGGUAUAGGCUGAACAUCUUUGGCUUCCUAGCAACAGAGGCGCUCCGCGAGGAGAGCAAUGGUGCUUCGGCGGGCAACUUCGGUCUCUGGGAUCAGAGGCUGGGAGCACAAUGGGUUCAAGACAAUAUCGCCGCGUUUGGUGGUGAUCCUACCAACGUCACGCUCGCUGGACGGAGCGCUUGCUCCUUCAGCUCACGAGUACAUAUGCUCCACGAUCUCCGCGAUGCGAGCCGACUUGACAACCAGGAGCCUUUGCUAUACCGGCGCGUAUUCAUGGACUCUAAUUCCAUGGCAUCGCAGCCGAAAACUGUGGCAGAGUCACAGGAACAGUUCGACGAGGUGUGCGACUACUUCAAAAUUGAUUCCAGCUUGCAGUCAUCCAAGAAGCUCGAGAUUCUUCGAAGUAAAACUGCGGAAGAGCUGUCGUCCAUGAUUCCUACCCUCAAGAAUCACUUUUUUCGGCCUGUAACAGACGAUUUAUUCAUCAAACAGGGCGUAAUGGAAUAUAUCGAGAGUCCUGAAUUUGCUGCCGCUUUCAAGCCCAAGGGAUUGAAACUACUCAUCUCAGAGGUCGAAAACGAGGAGACGUUGUAUGCCAACUUUAACUCGCCGACUGAGCCCACUAUUGAGUCGUUGCGGGCCAUGAUGUUGAACUACUACACCCCAGAGGUAAUAGACAGGGUAUUGGCGCUACCUCAGUACCCUCUGCCUACGAAUGGUGACUUGACGAGCUGGAGGAAUCACUUUGGUCAAAUCGUUUCCGACGGCCAAGUCCGUGCUCCCGGUCGAUGCCUCGUCGAAAGCCUUCUUCGUAACGGCAUCCCAAUCUCCGAUAUCUGGCGCUGCAAGAUCGCCUAUCGCCUUUCCUUCAUCACUGACAAGUUCGCGCUAUUGGAGUUUGGGGUUCCCACGCAGCUGACAAGCCGAUUUGAAACUUUGCCAUUCAGCACGGUCCGACGGAUGAGGAAAGGCAGCUGA